CACCAUUAUUUAACUUCAUAAUACUUUGAAACUUUUUUUUUUAUAAUUUUAUAUUUUCUUUUUCUUUUCACUUUUUUUUUUAUACUUUAAAAAAAAAACACAACAAAAAAUGAGCUCUCUUGAUGAUAAUAUCCCUUUGACUGAUAGUCAAUAUUCUCGUGGACCUACACCUACAACUUCUGGUCCUUCUCAUCCCACUAUUAAACAAAAAAAGGGAGAGUUUGCUGUAAGCGGUGUUCAACCUAGCUUUGCAUUAGAACUUGAUAUCAGUACCAUUCAACACGGAUGGUACGGUAAUAUGAUGAACGGUAUUGGUGUUGUUAUGGGUGGUUUGGGUUCGAUUCCUUGUUGUGUCUGCUGUCCUAAUCCAUUCAAGCCUGUUAGACAAGGCAGUGUUGGUUUGAUUUCUCGAUUUGGAAAGUUUUACAAAUGUGUCGAUCCAGGUCUUGUAAAGAUCAAUCCUGUCACUGAAUCCAUCAAAAGAAUCGAUAUCAAGAUCCAAGUAGUGGAUAUUCCCUCUCAAUAUGUCAUGACAAAAGACAACAUCACAAUCCGUAUCGACAGUGUUUUGUACUGGCAUAUUAUUGAUCCAUAUCAAGCCCAGUUUGGCAUACGUGAUGUCAAGAAGGCACUUGUUGAAAGAACACAAACCACACUUCGACAUAUUUUGGGUGGAAAAGUGUUACAAGAAUGUGUUGAGAAUCGUGAAGCCAUUGCUCAAGAAGUCGAAGAAAUUACUGGUCGUGUAGCAUCUGAAUGGGGUGUCAAGAUUGAAUCCAUCUUGAUCAAGGACUUCAACUUUUCAAAGGAGCUUCAAGAAUCGCUUUCUGCAGCUGCACAGGCCAAGCGAACCGGAGAAUCAAAAAUCAUUUCUGCAAAGGCAGAAGUGGAUUCAGCAAAAUUGAUGAGAGAAGCUGCCGAUAUUUUAAGCACACCUUCCGCUAUGCAAAUCAGAUAUCUUGAUACCUUAAAUAAUUUAUCAAAGGCUCCACAAACAAGAGUCAUCUUCUUACCACCUCCAGAGGAAGGUAGAUCUCAAUCUGCUGUAUUAAGUGGUAAUGGCAAUUCAACAUCUUUUGGCCCUCUUCAGGCACAAAACUAUUUGGAACUCGCUAAAUAAUACUUAAAUGACCUUCUUUUAAAAAUCCUCUUAUGUAAUACUUUUAUGUUUAAUAAAUAAUAACAAUCUCUAAUCCA